AUGGCACCCGCAUUCCGUAACCCGUACUCUAAUUCAUUUGCCCACGACAUCCCACCUCGCAACACGGACGAGGCUCACAGCAACGAGCCCUUGACACACCAUGUCACUGAUCCUCACGACGAGCUCAAAGUCUGGGACGCCGCUGUUCCUAUCCCUCGGGUUCGGACGGGUACUACCCUCCUUAACCAGCCGGUCAUCAAGACACUAGUCUUCCGGAAGAAAGUGUUCAACUCGGACAUCUCCAUCUGGGACUGCACUAAAGAUUCAGAGGCACAAGUGUACUUCGCCGCUUGCUCGGAGUGGAAAAGAAACGUUCCCGACAUCACCCUUCAUUCUGUCAUUGCCGGUCAGGAUACACUCGGACCCAUCCUGGGAGUCGCCCAUUUUCGGUACGCUCGAAGCGUCAAGUUCGGCAUCGGUGACGCACAGAACGACCCCAACAGCGUCCAAUGGGAAGAGAUGCGCAAUGUUUCGAAGAUGCUCACGAAGAGCAAGUACGAGUGGGAUUUCACCGAGUGUCCGGAAUGGAGCGACAUUGACGCCGGCACGCAUCCGCCGGGCACGAGACGCUUCAGGUGGCAGCGAACCAUCAGCGAUCAAGACGGUGUCCAGAACAAACUGUCCCUCAAGAACUACCGGCUGACAGACGAAGACACUGGAGCCGUUGUCGCCGUCUUCGUGGCCAGCACCUUGGGCAGUCUGAGGAAGCAUGGAGAACUGCGGCUGUUCGAAAAGCUGAGACCCAAGGUCGAGGUGGCGGUGGUGUUGACGUGCGCGAGCAUCGCAGAGAAAUUGAACAGGGAUUAG